UGAAGGUCCAGCUAGUGUAGGUUCUGAAUCGCUAUCGGCCUGUUUGUUCAUCCCGGCGACUGCUAUCUUGUCAGGACAGGCCGUGCCCCAGGCAGAAUAGCACCCUGAUACUUAGGCUAACCUUUCUGACCAGCUCAUUUGAGAAUGCAGGCACUCGCUGUUAGUGUAAAGCCUGGGGGGAGAUGGAAUUCAUCAAAGGUUCCAUUCUACUCACUGACACCGGGCGCCCGUAUCACACCACACUGCUUAGAGCUAGACUAUUUAAACGCAUGGCUUUCUCCCGAAGUAGAAGCAUCCUUAUCCUCGGCAUCUAACAAUCUAUCCAUCCUCUUCCGUUUACAAGUAUCUUCUGUCCUCGUGCUCAAUUCUUGUCUUGAUUCGUUCAAUUGAUAUCUACCUCUACCUUUAGCGGAGAAUUAUAGUCGGCCUUCAUUAUCCUCCUCCAACAGCCUCCAACAUGCUCGACCAUGGCUGCAAAAUCUUUAGCCUCUUCUUUCUGGCCCUCCUCCCCCACGGAUCUAACACGGCAACAAUGCCCGAGAUGUUUGAUUAUAUCGUCGUUGGUGGUGGUCAGGCAGGCAUGGCUGUAGCAUCUCGCCUGUCCGAAGACCCAUCGUUGACGGUUCUCGUACUCGAGGCUGGUGGCACAGGCAUUAACAACACCGGCAUAAGUAUACCCGGAUUAGUAGGAACUACCCUUGGUACGGACAUUGAUUGGAAGUAUUCCACAAUUCCUCAAGCAGGCGCCAACGAACGCCAAGUCUAUUAUCCUCGAGGAAAAGUUCUUGGUGGCUCGUCAGCUAUCAACUUUCUUAUCAGUACCAAGGCCGAGAAGAACGAUUACAACGCCAUUGAGAAACUGGGCAACCCGGGAUGGGGAUGGUCUGAGAUUGACCGUGCAUCAAAGAAGAGCGAGCACCUCGUCAUUCCACCACCGGAUUCGCCUUACCUUUAUAACCCGCUCUAUCAUGGGCUCUCCGGUCCAGUCGCUAGCUCAUUCCCAAAAUAUGUUCCACCCCAAUUCGAGCCUUACUUCUCUGCCGCGAGCAUGGCAUCCGUUGCUGAGCGAGCUAUCGAAACCACCGACCCAUUCGGCGGUGAUUUAGAGGGAGCUUACAUAUUCCCUUCAGCUAUCGAUGCUCACAGCGCCCGAGUGACCAGUGCCACUGCAUACUAUUUCCCCAACCAGGCCCGUCCCAACUUGGUGGUACGAACUGAUGCUGAGGUGAACAAACUCAUUAGCAAGAAGACUGAAGGACAAGCCCUUCAAAUUGUCGGAGUCGAGUAUUCUAGCCUUGGAACGGUGUCUCGUGCGAUGGUCAACAAGGAAGUCGUCAUGAGUGCCGGGUCUAUUGGCACUCCAGCAAUCCUCGAAAGAAGUGGCAUUGGGAAAUCAAGCAUUUUACAAGACUUGAAGAUCCCAGUGGCCCUUGAUCUCCCAGCUGUAGGCGCCAACCUUGCCGACCAUCCGGCUCUUUUAGGAACUUACCGGCUCAGGUCCGGGAUCGUAUCGUCUGAUGACCUUUUGAGGAACGCAACCUUCGCUGGAGAACAAACCUCUCUAUAUAUGACGACAGGUGGUGGUCUUCUCAGCCAUGGAAUCUCCCUCUUAGAUUAUCAAACCUUAAAGUCAAUCGUCACCCCCGAAGAAUUACUUGAAGGAAUGAAGCUUCUCAAGCAUGAACCAAGCACUAUGUCAGAAGAGCAGUUCCACGCUAUUACUGACCGAAUCCUAAACGGAGUUGCCGUCGAAUUCUUGUUGAUUAAUGCCUUCUUUGAGUCGGACAACCUUCCGGACCCAAAUACCUCUUACCUGACCAUUGCUACCACACUUCAACAUCCUCUAUCUCGAGGAUCAUCGCAUAUCCAUGGUCAAGAUCCUUCCCAAGCGCCUCUCAUUGAUCCAGGUUUCUUGUCUCACCCCUUCGAUGCAUGGUUAAUGGUCAAAGCUGCCAAACACGCCCGAAAGAUCAUGGAACAACCGCAGUACAAGAAGGUGAUCCUGAAUGAGCACUUCCCAGGCCCAUCCGUCCAAUCUGAUGCGGAAUGGCUAGUAAGCGUUAAAAACCGUGUUAGAACUGAAUAUCACCCUCUCGGUACUUGCGCAAUGAUGCCCAAGAGUCAAGCCGGUGUUGUCGACCCUCAACUUAAGGUGUACGGUACCCAAAAUUUGAGAAUUGUGGAUGCUAGUGUGAUUCCGAUUCAAAUUGGAGCUCACCCAGCACUCACAAUCUACGCAAUUGCUGAAAAAGCAGCUGAGUUGAUCUUAAAACCUACCACUAAAACUCUGUUGCCAAGUGUUCUGUAAUAGUAGACCCUAUUUGUUAUUUUUUGAGGUUUUAUUAGUGUUUUCUUAUGUAUUAUUUGUAGAAGUGUUCCAAUGUUUGUGCACAUUGUGAAUUUUUGUCUUCUGUCCUCUCAUUCUUAUUUUAUAUGUGCAGCAAAUGGUGUUUAGAGUCUAAAAUUU